AUGCAUCGGGCCACCGUGAUAUGCCUCAUCCUGGCUUCGGCCUCCGCGGACCCUGGGAAGCUGGUGGGCAAGAUCUACGACAGCUGCGCGCACUCGCAGGAGAUCACGAAAUGCUUCAAGAUCCAGGCCGCGAAGCUCAUGGACCGGGCGGCCAGGAUGUCCAACCUCCAGAUCCUGGACGGCGUGACCCUCGUCCGGGAUGAGGCGAGGAAUUUCCCGUCGACGCUUCCGGACGGUGACCUAAACUCCCUGUCGUCGGACGAGGUCGACAAACUCCUCGCGGCGUCGACUUCAAAGCUGCUGAGCAACCAUCGCGUGGUGAUAUCCCCCGCGCGAGUCAGCGCUGAAAUGGGCAGGUCGUUUGAGGAAUCACGAGGGAAGAUGAAGAAGAUGAUGGGUCCGAUUCUCGCCGGAGUAGCCCUCAAAGGAGGCUUCCUCAUGAUGGCGUUCCAGGCGAUCGCGUUAAUCGCCGGCAAGGCUCUCCUCAUCGGCAAGAUUGCGCUGCUGCUAUCCGCAAUCAUUGGACUGAAGAAGCUGGUGUCCAACGGGGAAGCCCACGAGAAAACGACGUACGAGAUUGUCAAGCAUCCUCAGGUUUCACAGAGCCACACGUAUUCAUCGUCGCACUACGGCAGCGAUUUCGACGCGACCGGCCCGGGUGGUCACUACAGGAGAAGCGUGGAGGACGAAGCGGCAGCCCAGGAGCGAGCGUACAGCGCAUACAAACAGUAA